AUGGACCAAUAUCCGCUGCCACAGGUUGACGAUAUCUUUGCGAAUCUCAACGGCGGAGAAGUUUUCAGCACAUUGGACUUGAACGCCUAUAAUCAGAUGUCCCUCGUUUUGAACACGCACAAGGGUCUCUACUGCUUCAACAGGCUGGCGUUCGGAGUGUCGUCAGCGCCAGCAAUUUUCCAGCGGCGCAUGGAGGCCGUGCUCAGCGGGAUCCCCUGCGUGCAGCAAGUGCGAAAGUGGAUCCUGCAGGGCUGGCCGCAGCACCUGACAGAGACUGAGCAGCGAUUCUGGCUGUUCCUCCAGAUAAAGGAUGAUCUGACGGUGGUGAACCGCCUAUUGAAGAGCGCUCCUCCACCAUGCCGUUCUGUGCAGGACAGCCGGUGUGGCUGA